AUGGCCAGGACUCGCCCCAAGGGAAGGACGAAGUCAGAUCAUAGGGUUUGUCAGGCGGAACGACAUGCGCGCGCCGCCAACUACAGGGAGCGCAUCGCAAUCAGCGCUGAGAAGCAGGAGGCCCUCAUCGCUGCUGUCAACAUGCGGUGCGAGGCUGAACCUGCCCCGCACCGCAGGCGGGGCCAGAAGUCCAAGGGGGCGCGAGCUGCUUGUGGGCCCUCGCCAGUACGUCCCUGCCGCUCAUCUACAAGUGCAGAAAAGUCUGCGAAGCGGCACCUUGCCCGAACACUUGGUGCACCUACAGCGAAGACCCCCAUAGCCUUUAUUGCCAUCAGUGCAACGCCAUUGCGGAGUUUGGGCAUCGUGGAAGCAAGGAGGGUGGAAAAGAGAGAUACUUCUGCAGCGCGCAUGUUGCUUCCAGUGGCUGCUUCUGCAUCGACAAAGACCGCGCAGGUAAGAGUCUGGGUACGGGACCGACUUCAAGCGCGCCGUUUGAAAGCGGAGGUGGCGAGGCUUGAAGAGGAGCUGCGGCAGAUGGACGAGGCCAGCUCUUCUGCAGGACCAGCACACAUAGCCUGCUCUCUGCCAGUUUGGAUGGAGGCCAACUUCAAAGUGGCGCUGCCCCACACGAAGCCCAUGAGCCAUGCGCUGCUAGCAAUACUUUUGAUGAUUGGUUGCGUCGAGAGCAACCCAGGGCCCUCAUCAGACGGGGUUGGCAGCGGGGAUUCAGCCUCAGCCUCAGUCUUGCCUUCGCUGCAAACGCGCCUGAGUGCUGGGGCGCCUGUGGAGAGUGGUGGAGGAGAAUUGAGUAUGGAGGACUCGAGGAUGAAGGCUGCAGCUGAGAAAGGAACUCCUGGGCAGGCAAUCGGCGAUCCGUCUGCACAAGCUGAAUCUGGAGCGGGAGAUGAAGAUUCGAGCACCUCCGACGCCAGCGAGGUCGAUCUUGAGAUCAAGCAGGACUGGGACUACGAGGAAGAAGAGCCGGAAGAGCCGACAUCGAAAGAUCUCGAUUUUCUCCACGAUUCUGAGUCACAGGAAGCGGUCAAUCUUGUCGUUGAGUACGCUCAAAUGAACAAGGAGAUGGGCGAAUCAGACGACGAGCUGCCCCCCCUGGUGGUCAAAAGGCGCAAGCGGCAAGACGUGGCUCACAGUCCGUUUCGCAGGCUGCGCUCACGUGUCAACGGGCCUGGCAGCAGCUCUGCUGGCGGCGCCUCAAGUUGCGACUCCUCUCAGCUGGCUGCAUCUGAAGGAGGGCGGGCGGGUCUGGCGGAUGGCGGGCAGUCAGCUAACAAAGACCCAGCAACUCGAGACGAUGUGGCCAUGGAAGAUCAGGAAGCGGAGGAGGUUUUGGAAGCAAGCGGCGUCGGGCAGAAUUGGACCACACCAGCUCCGGCUGUAGAUGAGGAGUCUGUUGGCGGACUGCUGAAGCACACAACGACCAGGCUCUACGGCCAGCAGUGGUUCAAAAGCAGGGAGAGUCCGUCCGGCAGGGGACCCAGAGACCUCGCCGUGGCUUGGAAGCACCUCCACGGCCACGCCAUCCUCGUUGCCUCCGACGUCGCGCCGAACAGCGGUGUCAAGAUGUACACAAGCUUCAAGGACGUCCCCGCGCUGGUGGCUUAUUGCAACCGUCUUAGCGCUCGGGGCCAGCACCUGUACGAGUGUCUGCUCGAAGAGGCCCCUUCGCUCAUCUACCUGGACCUGGACUACUACGUGCCUUUGACAGCAAGCGCAGACGCGGGCGACUACGAGGAGGCAGUCAGGGCGAGGGAUGCAGAGUUUGCUGAGCGAAAGAGACACUUCGAUCGGCUCAGGGACGGGUUCUUGGAGGCAGUUUUGGGGGUGCCGAAAGAGGCAGUCCGGUUCGAGGAGAGUACGGCGCAUGGGGCGGUCCCGGGGGGUUUCAAGUACAGCGUUCACGCGGUGCUCAAGGGGUUCUACCUGGAGGACAGCCGGGCGCGCAGCCUGUUUGCGAAGGCCUUCGACCACUUUCAGAAGAACCCGCCCCCCUGUCUCGCACGCAGCGCUGAGUUCGUCUGGACGGAAGAUCAGCGGGGGCGCCCCAAGCUGAUCUGGGACGGCACGGUCUAUUCCAAGUUCCAGUGCUGGCGCAUGCUGCGCUCGAGGAAGAAUGGGAGCGAUCGCUUCCUCGAACCGAGCGAGGGCAGCUCGGACCUCGUCGCAGACCACCUGGCGGGGCUCUACUCAACUACGGACCUGCAGCGCUGCGCGAUGCUGGACGAGGCGCACCUUGAGAAGUACCUGGAGCAGCAUGCGCCUACACUGUUGCGGCCGCCGCGCCCUACGAUGCGGGUCAGGGAUGCAGAUCCCCAGGAAGACGGCGGCCGGAACCGGGCGGACCUGGGCGAGCAGG